AUGGGUUCUUGCAUGAGUCGUGAAUUGCCGGAAGACCGGGAGAGCCGGCGGCCGCGAGUACUGACCAAAUGGAGGCAACGGAGGGCAUUGAAGAAGGCCGAACGGCAGUUCAGGAGGGCCAGCCCAACAUUUGAAAAGACCAGAGAGAUAGAUACCCUGCGUGCAACCGAAUACACACCCUUGAAGGACCAUGUGUAUAUGGACUAUACAGGGGCUGGCUUAUACGGCGAGAAACAACUCCGUACGCACUUCAACCUCCUUCGGUCCAGCAUCUAUAGCGACUCCAGCUCAACCUCGAACGCCGAGGCCAUUCAACGAAUAAGAGACCAUGUCCUUACAUUCUUCCGAGCCUCUCCGGACGAGUACGAAGUCAUCUUCACGGCCAAUGCAUCCCACGCCCUCAAGCUAGUAGGUGAAGCCUACCCGUUCACACCCCAGGGAGAACUGCUCCUCCUAUGGGACAACCACAACUCCGUACAGGGCCUGCGGGAAUUCGCACGUGGAAAGGGAGUGCCCGUCACCCAUGUACCAGUGACGCCGCCGAGCCUGCAGAUAGACGAGGCGUUCCUGAAGAAGUCGAUCAGCAGCAAGAGUUCAUCUAGCCCUCGUCUCUUUGCAUAUCCUGCCCAAUCAAACUUCAGCGGCGUACAGCAUUCGCUGAAAUGGAUCGAGGAAGCGCAGUCUCAUGGAUGGGAUGUCGUUUUAGACGCCGCCAGCUUUGUUCCUGCAAACCCCCUGGAUCUGUCCCGAUGGCAUCCCGACUUUGUCCCGAUCUCCUUUUAUAAGAUGUUUGGCUAUCCGUCCGGCAUCGGCUGUCUGAUAGCGCGUAAACAAGCCCUGGCAAAGCUGCAGCGUCCCUGGGCAUCUAGAGAAAAGGCCAACCACGGCCAGAAAUGGCAUGAAGAAUUCGAAGACGGUAGUAUCGACUUCUUCGGCCUUCCUGCCGUCGAAAUAGGCCUCAACCAUCUGUCCAGCAUCGGUAUGGAGACUAUAAGCAGCCGCGUCAAGCUGCUCGCAGGCUGGCUCAUCGACCGCCUGCUCGAGCUCCGUCACUCCAACGGCCGGCGCGUGGUGAUCAUAUACGGUCCCCAAAACACGACCAACCGCGGCGGAACCAUCACACUGAACUUCAUCGAUCCCACAGGUCGCGUAAUAGACGAGCGUAUCGUCGACAGACGCGCGCUGCCUAUCAACCUCUCACUCCGCACGGGAUGUUUCUGCAACCCCGGCGCCAGCGAAGCAGCCUUCCAUCUCACCGAGGAAGCCCUGCUCAAUGCUUUCAACCAGGAAGCCGCCGCAAAGGAGCAGGAGGGUAAUCCAAAGACUUUCGACGAGUUCCUGGUGGACAUGGGCAUGACUACCGGCGGAGGAGUCCGUAUCUCACUUGGCCUAAUGACCAAUUUUGCUGACUGUUUUCGAUUCUUGCAAUUCGCACAUGGGUUCGUUGAUAAUGUACCGGCAGAGACAGAUCUCCAGCCACGACCGCAUUGCUAG